CGUCAGAGCAGCGACUUCCGGCGGAAGCUGAAGCCGGCUCCGAGGUUUGGCAGAGGAUAAGCAAGGAGUUGACGCCGAUGGCUCUUCGAAGUUUGCUGAUCUAAGAAGGCCCACUUCUUGUUCGAGGGAUGAUGGCAUUUGAGCAGAUACCAAAAAAGGAUUGGUACCGUAUUCUGGGGGCAGAUCCAACUGCAAGCGUGUCAGACCUAAAACAAAAAUAUCAAAAACUCAUAUUAAUGUAUCAUCCAGAUAAACAAAGUGCAGAUGUGCCAGCAGGAACAGUGGAGGAGUGUAUACAGAAAUUCAUCGAGAUUGAUCAGGCAUGGAAAAUUCUAGGGAAUGAAGAGACAAAAAAAGAGUAUGACCUGCAGCGGCAUGAAGAUGAUCUAAGAAACAUGGGACCAGUAGAUGCUCAAGUAUAUCUUGAAGAAAUGUCUUGGAAUGAAGAUGAUCAUUCUUUUUCUCUGAGUUGCCGAUGUGGUGGAAAAUACAGUGUUUCAAAGGAUGAAAUAGAAGAAGUUACCCUAAUUUCUUGUGAUACAUGUUCACUCAUUAUAGAACUCCUUCAUUAUAGCUGAAAUUGUUCAGAGUGGAAUCCUUAGUAUAUUCAGACGCGUGGAGAAGAGUCCACUCUAACUUUGUCCAAUCAAGCAGAUGUAUAAAGCUCAUAAAAAAGAAAAAAAGUAGGAUUCUUUUUUGCCAGCUCUAUUUUUUGCAGAGAAAAUAUAAGACUACAAGUAAAGGCCACCCAUAUUAAUAGAAAGUUAAUUUCACUAUUUAUAUGUAUUUAAAUUUUAUAUUUAUAGAUCACAAAAAAGAGGACUUGAAUAAAUUUAGUGAAUUCCUAUCUGAGAAUUUUCUUAUUGGUUCGUUUUCUUCUUGGUACAAAAUGAGAAUUCUUCUUUCUUCAUACAAGCAUGUCUCCUCUUUUAUUGGAUCAUAAUAUCAUCAUAUUCCUCUAUAGUUACUAAGUUUCUGAAGUAACAUAUUUGUAACUGCUAAAGUUACAGAUCUUUUGUGAAACUAUCUCAGAUUCUUAGGUCAUUAGAAUUAAGUUAGAAUCUCUGUGAAUAACAUGUGAUCCUAGCUCUCCCAUGAUGAAGGCUGGGUAUGUAUGGGUAUUCAUGAGGUUAUUUCAGAGGUAAUAAGAAGGCAAAGUGCCAAGAGUAAAAAGGAUAGCCUUGGAGUCAGAAAAGGUGACCAUCGCACUGCUGUUAUGACAAAAUGCACUUUUACAACAUGUUGUUAUUGGUUAUAGUUGACUGUAAAGAUUUUAUUUUUCUAUAUAUUUAAUAUUUUAUGUACAGAGUAAGUCAGAACUCAUUUAAAAAAUUUUAAGAAAUCCUUUAUGGGAUCACUGAAACUUUCAGCCUUAAUUGCAAAUGAGUGAGCCAAGCAUGUGACUUAGCAGCUUUUCAUGAGGUCAGACUCUUGGUUUUUAUUGUUGGUUUGGACUUACAAGAAUAGUUACUACUCUACCUUGUAAAUGUAGCUAAAAUAUGAGGCAUAUUCAAGAGGAGUAAAUUACUUUUCAUUAUACCUAUAAAACCAAAAAUUCAAAAGUGAGGUUGUUCUAGGUUUUUUCCAUAAAAAUAUUUUUAUAUCAUAAAAUUUGGAUGACUUAUUUAUCCAUGUUUUGAACAACUAUAGCUUGCAGAAUAUGUGUUCCUUACUCUUUACAUUUAACAAUGAAAAAUAAAACUGAAUAGCAAAUAGUUUAUUAGUAAGUACAUGGUUUCAGUGACAGUAAUAAAUUCACUUGAACAGAAGACAAUAAUCAUAACAAAAGAAUAAGUGCUUGCUAAUCAUCAGAAAAUCUGUGGCCAUUAGGACUGUCACGUAGAAAUCCAAAAUCACUCAGAGGCCAAAUCUGUAAAAUCAAAAUGUGAUUGAAGAUAAUUAUUAAACAUGAUGUAUUACCUUUUUUCCCAUCCAUCCCUUUCCUUAUGUCAUAUAAUUAAACAUUUUCUCUUUAUUCCUCAGUCAGGAACAAAUUUUCUACAUCAAAGUAAGACUGUAGAAAGUAAACUUGUAUGUGUGUUGUGUAUUUAAACUCUAAAGUUUGGAACAUUCAAACAUUUUAAGAAAUAAUAUGUAUGUGGUAUGUAAAUAAAUGUGUGCGGGGCUGUG